CUUUAAAAAGUUGCUCUGGCCUGCUUUGUGGACACGUUUCGCGGUAUGGGGCAGAGCCUCCAGUCAGUCAGUACUCCUUGAGGAUCCCAGAAGCCGGACCCGCAAUGGAAGAAGACCAGGAGCUUGAGAGGAAAGCAAUAGAAGAACUGCUUAAAGAGGCAAAACGUGGGAAAACAAGAGCAGAAACAAUGGAACCUGUGGGUUGGAUGAAGUGUCCUCUUGUUGGUACCAAUAAAAGAUUUUUAAUUAACACAAUUAAGAACACACUACCUUCCCAUAAAGUGCAAGACCAUGAACAAAGAGAAGGCAGCAAGGAACCUGCAAAAAGCCAGAACCAGAAAGAAGAAAACUGGAAGAAGCACAGAACCCACCAUUAAAAGCACAGCUUCCAGGCCAGAGACACUGCCAGUGCUUCUCCAUCCAGGAAGCAUAGCAGCCAAGAGAAGUAUGAGAAGCGACUGAACAAGCGAUAAGGCAGGGACAAAGAAUAAGCCAGUCACUGGCAACUAGUGCAGUUAUAUUGGGGACUGGGGGUGUGUAGAAAAAGUUAUUAGUGCAGACCUUGAGAUGGCAGAGCCA